GUUAACCAAAACAAUCAAAUUUGUUCAUCUUCCCACCACCCUUAAAUUAUAUCUUCUUCUAUAUAUACAACUUUGCUUCCUCUCUUCCAUUUCAAUUCAUUUCUCAUCCUUUCAAUCUUCUCCAUUUGGACAAUAAGUGAUGGAUCAUAUCAUCAAUGGAAGCUUUGAACUUGAAGUGAAACAAGGUGAACCGAUUGUAGUUCCACCGGCUAAGGAAACUGAGAAGGGUUUUUAUUUCCUUUCUAAUCUCGACCAGAAUAUUGCUGUUAUAGUUCGCACCAUCUAUUCAUUUAAGUCAGAUGUUAAAGGAAAUGAAUCAGCAGCCAAAGUGAUUAAGGAUGCUUUGUCUGAGGUUCUUGUUCAUUAUUACCCAUUUGCUGGAAGACUCACAAUUAGUCCUCAAGGUAAACUUAUUGUUGAUUGUAAUGGAGAAGGGGCGGUUUUUGUUGAGGCAGAAGCAAAUUGUAAUUUGGAUGAAAUUGGUGAUGAUACUAAACCUGAUCCUGUUACACUUGGAAAACUUGUUUAUGAUAUUCCUGGUGCUAAAAACAUUCUUCAAAUUCCUCCUCUAGUUGCUCAAGUUACUAAGUUCAAGUGUGGAGGAUUUGUUCUUGGGUUAGGAUUGAACCAUUGCAUGUCAGAUGGAGUUGCUGCCAUGGAUUUUGUCAACUCAUGGGGAGAAAUUGCAAGAGGGUUACCUUUAAAGGUGACACCUUUUCUUGACAGAAGUAUUCUUAAAGCUAGAGAUGUCCCAAAACAUGAAUACCCACAUCUUGAAUUUGCUGAAAUUCAAGAUAUUUCCAAAACCAAUGAUCUCUACGAUCAAGAAAUGCUAUACAGAUCAUUCUGUUUCGAUGUUGACAAACUAGAGAAGUUAAAAGAGAAAGCAAUGGAAGAUGGUUAUCUAAACAAGAAAUGUACAUCAUUUGAAGCUCUAUCAGCUUUCGUAUGGAAAGCAAGAACUCAAUCAUUAAACAUGAAACCAGAUCAACAGACCAAGCUUUUAUUCGCCGUCGACGGUCGUUCAAGAUUCCAGCCACCUUUGCCAGAAGGGUAUUUCGGGAACGGAAUUGUAUUAACGAAUUCACUUUGUUUCGCCGGCGAUCUUGUAAACAAACCAUUGUCUUUUGGUGUUGAACUUGUUCAAGAUGCUGUCAAAAUGGUGACUGAUGAUUAUAUGAGAUCUGCCAUUGAUUAUUUUGAAGUUACAAGAAUGAGACCAUCUUUGAAUGCAACUCUUUUGAUUACGACAUGGUCGAGAUUGUCAUUUCAUACGACUGAUUUUGGAUGGGGACAACCGAUUCUUUCUGGGCCGGUGGCUUUGCCGGAGAAGGAAGUGAUUCUGUUUCUUUCUCAUGGUAGAGAAAGGAAAUCUGUUAAUGUUCUUCUUGGUUUGCCUGCUCAUGCUAUGAAGAUCUUUCAAGAACUUAUGAUCAUGAUCUAGAAGAUGAUGAUGAACAAAGAAUAAGAGAUUAUUUAUGUUUUCAGUAUUUUUUUUUUUUUGUGAAUUUUAUUGGUGUUGUUAUUUGUUUUUUGCAUUG